AUGGCCGGGCCGGGAAUGCCGAGCUCCCUCACUUCUAACUCCUGCUCCCAGCAGGCACCAGUCUUUCUCACCUCUUUACGAACCAUGGGACGUCGCGCGAAAGGGAAGCAAGCUGAUCCAGUGCCGCUUGAAUCGCAAUAUUCUUCAAAGAAGUUGGGCAAACGGAAAGCUGAAGCCGACGAUGCAGAGGAAGCCCUGAAAUCUAUCCAGCGCCCGACCAAAAAGAUCAAGGAUCUCAAUGGGAAAGGGAAAGAGAAAUCAAGCUCGAAAACGAAGUCAAAACCGUCCAACUCUCUUGACAAGAAGAAAAAGAAGGCGGAUAUCGUCUCUGAUGAUGGGUCAGAAGGUUGGGAAGAUGUCGAGGACGCUGAAGAUUUGAAAAAGCACGCGAAGUCUCUAUUUAAAGGUAGUGAUGAAAGCGAUGAUGACGGUGCUUUCGAAGGGACAUUAGACGAUGUUGAUUUCGACGAGGGAGAGAAUGAUGACCCCCUACAAGGGCCUGCACAGGAUUUUGAUUUUGACUCCGACUCCAGCGAAGAACCUGAACUACCGCCCUCCAAAUCCAAAAAGUCGAAACAAGCUGAGAGGCCGAAGAAAAUUAUACCAACAGCCUCAGAUGCAUCCUCCAGCGACGAUUCUGAAGGUGAAAACAACGAUGAGCCGGUUACGAUGGCCAACAUGGCUACUCGUUCACGGAAACUCGAGGCGAAAGCAAAGGCAGAAGCUGACUUUGCGGCGGAGGAGUUGCAAGCUGAGGCUCGUGCUGCUGAGGAAGACGACGAGGACGUUGACAUGGAUGCAGAGGAGGAUGCGAAUGGGGAUAUGAGUGUCGAGCCAUUCCAUCUGCCGACUGCAGUUGAACGCGAAGAGGAGAAGGCUAGUGGAGGGCCGGAUGUUCAUACAGUUCAACGCCGUAUGAGAGAAUGCGUUAGGGCUCUCUCAAAAUUCAGUCGGAGGGCAGAGAAAGGCCGUUCACGGUCAGAAUAUAUUGACCAACUUGUUGCGGAUAUUGCAAGUUAUUACGGCUACAACGAUUUCCUAGCCGAGAAACUCUUCCAAUUAUUCCCUGUCGGCGAGGCUAUCGAAUUCUUCGAAGCCAACGAAGUGUCCCGACCGGUGACAAUCCGGACAAACACCUUGAGAACACGAAGACGGGACCUUGCACAGGCUCUGGUCAACCGGGGUGUCAACUUGGAACCAAUUGGAAAAUGGACAAACGUCGGACUACAAGUCUUCGAAAGCAGCGUCCCCAUCGGCGCUACACCCGAAUACCUGGCCGGCCACUACAUGCUCCAAGCCGCGUCUUCGUUUCUUCCUGUCAUCGCACUAUCUCCCGCCCCAAAUGAACGCGUGCUGGACAUGGCUUCCGCUCCAGGUGGAAAAACGACCCAUAUGGCAGCCCUCAUGCAGAAUACGGGCGUGAUCUUCGCGAACGACGCGAACAAGGCGCGAACGAAGAGUCUGACAGCCAACGUGCAUCGACUGGGGUGCAAAAAUGUUGUCGUGUGUUCGUAUGACGGGCGAGAGUUUCCCAAGGUCCUGGGAGGUUUCGACCGGGUACUCCUCGACGCUCCAUGCAGUGGAACCGGUGUCAUUAGCAAAGACGCCAGUGUGAAAAUUAACAAGUCGGAGCGUGACUUCACACUUCUGUCCCACCUGCAAAAACAAUUAAUCCUCUGCGCCAUCGACAGCGUGAACCCAGAAUCCAAGACGGGAGGCUAUAUCGUCUACUCAACCUGUUCGGUAACCGUAGACGAAAACGAAGCCGUCGUCGACUACGCGCUCCGCAAACGCCCCAACGUCAAGCUCAUCGACACCGGGCUCGAGUUCGGGCGCGAAGGGUUCACAAGUUAUCGCGGGAAGACAUUCCACCCGAGCGUCAAUCUUACACGCCGCUUCUACCCACAUGUGCACAACAUGGACGGGUUCUUCAUCGCUAAAUUUAAGGUCGAAAAGCGGAGCAAGGCGACAGAGUCCGAGAAGGCGAAGAAUGCGAAGGAGGAGCCCGUAAUGGUGGACGACGAGUUUAAUCCGGACGCGAAAGUGGACCUUGCUGGGUUCGAUUCUGACGAGGAUAAGCCGUAUCUUGAGGAGGCGAAACGGAAACGCAUGAAGGCAAAGGGUUUGCGACCCCCUCCUCGCACCCAAACGGUGGUGGAGUCCAAAGCGUAA